CGCGGGCUUUUCCCUCUCCCCUCACAGCAGGUCUCCUCUCUUUCACGUCCCCGUGUAGCGAUGCCCUCCUCCGAGGCCGUCCCGCAGCCAUCCCCCAGCAAGAGGCAGAAGGGGUUGGUGCCCGGGGAGCCCAUCGCACGGCUCCGCUUCACUAAGCUGUCCGAGAACGCCUCCGCCCCCUCCAAGGGCUCUGCUCGGGCUGCGGGCUACGAUCUGUACAGCGCCUAUGACUGUGUGAUACCACCCAUGGAAAAGGCUGUAGUGAAAACAGACAUUCAAAUUGCCCUUCCUUCUGGGUGCUACGGCCGAGUAGCACCGCGUUCUGGUUUAGCUGCAAAGCACUUCAUAGAUGUUGGUGCUGGUGUUAUUGAUGAGGAUUACAGGGGAAAUGUUGGUGUGGUACUCUUCAACUUUGGCAAGGAGGCUUUUGAAGUUAAAAAAGGGGAUAGGAUUGCCCAGCUCAUCUGUGAACGCAUUUGCUAUCCUGAGCUAGAAGAAGUUCAAGCUCUGGAUGAUACAGAACGUGGCGAAGACGGUUUUGGUUCUACAGGAAAGAACUGA